AAAAGUAGAGUUUGAAGAGUUUCCUCCUGAGCGCCAGAGGAGGCUUCUGUUUCUGCCGAGGAGGAACUAAAACAUCUUUUUAAUAAUAAAAUAAAGUUAUUUAAACUGUUGGGAAAUUACGCGAGAUUUUCAUUAAACCCGGGAAGAACAGACCGAGAUUCGCUUCUCUCUGCGGCCAUCAUGGCUUCUAACAACGGGACCGGAGGGAGGCGAGAGGAGAAGGGCCGGAACAUCCAGGUGGUGGUCCGCUGCAGACCUUUCAACACGGUGGAGAGAAAGUCUUCGCACAACGUCAUCGACUGCGACCAGACCAGGAAGGAGGUGGCGGUGAAGACGGGAGGCAUCAACGACAAGUCCUCCAGGAAGACCUACACCUUCGACAUGGUUUUCGGUCCGGCGGCGAAGCAGAUCGACGUCUACCGCAGCGUGGUCUGUCCCAUCCUGGACGAGGUCAUCAUGGGAUACAACUGCACCGUGUUCGCCUACGGCCAGACGGGAACCGGGAAGACGUUCACCAUGGAGGGGGAGAGGAGCCCGGACGCAGCCUUCACCUGGGAGGAGGACCCGCUGGCCGGCAUCAUCCCCAGAACGCUGCAUCAGAUCUUUGAGAAGCUGUCGGAGAACGGCACCGAGUUCUCCAUCAAGGUGUCGCUGCUGGAGAUCUACAACGAGGAGCUGUUCGACCUCCUCAGCCCCACCGACGACGUCAAUGAGCGCCUGCAGCUCUUCGACGAUCCGCGGAACAAGCGCGGCGUGGUGGUGAAGGGCCUGGAGGAGGUGGUGGUCCACAACAAGGACGAGGUCUACCAGAUCCUGGAGCGCGGCGCCGCCAAGAGACGGACGGCCUCCACGCUCAUGAACGCAUACUCCAGCCGGUCCCACUCGGUGUUCUCCGUGACCAUCCACAUGAAGGAGAUCACGCUGGACGGAGAGGAGCUGGUGAAGAUCGGCAAACUCAACCUGGUGGACCUGGCCGGCAGCGAGAACAUCGGCCGAUCAGGAGCCGUGGACAAACGGGCCCGAGAGGCGGGGAACAUCAACCAGUCGCUGCUGACGCUGGGCCGAGUCAUCACCGCGCUGGUGGAGAAGAGGCCGCACGUCCCGUACAGAGAGUCCAAACUGACCCGAAUCCUCCAGGACUCGCUGGGAGGCCGGACUAAAACCUCCAUCAUCGCCACGGUGUCGCCUUCUUCCAGCAACCUGGAGGAGACCCUCAGCACGCUGGAGUACGCCUGCAGGGCCAAGAACAUCAUGAACAAGCCGGAGGUCAACCAGAAGCUCACCAAGAGGACCCUCAUCAAGGAAUACACCGAGGAGAUUGAGCGUCUGAAACGGGACUUGGCUGCAACUCGAGAUCGAAACGGAGUUUAUCUGUCCUCAGAAAACUACGAGAACAUGAUGAAGCAGAUCACGGCUCACGAGGAGCAGAUCGCCGAGUACGUGGACAAGAUUGCCAUCAUGGAGGAAGAGCUGAAGAAGGUGAACGAUCUGUUCGUGGACAGCAAGAACCAGCUGGAGCAGCGUGCCGUGGAUCUGGAGGAGAAGCAGCAGAGGCUGGAGGAGACCAGCAAACAUCUGGAGAAGACCAAAGAGAAGCUGGUCCAGGAGGAGUUCAUCUGCUCGCAGCUCAGCUCGGUCCACGAAUCUCUGUACAACACCGCCGGGCAGCUGCUGAGCACGGUGGACGAAAGCACCAGCGACGUGACGGGACUCCAUGAGAAGCUGGAGCGCAAGAAGAAGGUGGAGCAGCACAACAUGGAGAUCCAGCAGAGCUUCACUCAGAGGAUCGACGGGGCCUUCAGCAGCGUGCACCGCUGCAUCCAGCAGCAGGGGGCCAAGCAGGAGCACGUGCUCUGCAGCUACUCCCACGCCUUCGACGGUCUGCUGGUGAAGAACGAGGAGGCGCUGGCGGGCGCCCUCAGCACCGUGGAGACGUUCGCGGGAGUCCAGGCGCUGGUGGCCGACGGCGUGGCUCGUUGCGUGGAGAAGAUGAAGCAGCAGGAGGCUCUGAGUCAGGAGAGCAAGGAGGAGGUGCUGCAGCUGCUGGAGGAGCAUCAGGAGGCGAUGGAGGUUCUGUCCUCUCGGACUCUGCUGGGUCUGUCAGCCGUCAAAGAGCUCAGCGACGCUCUGAAGUCCUCGGUGGAGAAGCAGCGCGUCAUGGCCGACCAGGCCAUGAAGGAGACGGCGGCGUUCUUCAGCGGUCUGGUUCUGGAGCUGGCGGCGAUGCGGCAGUCUGCCGUGGACGGUCUGAGCGCGCUCCAGACUGAGCAGGAGAAGCUGAAGGAGGAGAUCCAACGGGCGCAGGACAAACACCAGAAGGGUAUGAAGCAGACCAUCCAGUGCCUCCAGGACCAGCUGAACCUGCUCGCCAUGGAGACGCAGCAGGACUACGCCGCUCUGCAUUCGGCCGCCAGCGCUCUGCAGCCUCCUGCUCAGGAUCUGCAGGCGAGCAUCAGCAGCCGCUGCAGCUCAGCGGAGAGUCGGACCUCCUCCCAGGCAGACCUGCUGAGCUCCACCUCCUCCUCCCUCCGUCAGACGGCCGAGGAGAACCAGAAGCUGCUGGAGGAGGUGGACGGCUACAGUUUGGACCUCCACUGCAAGGUGUCAGGACUGGUGGAGCGGGACAUGCAGUGGACCCUCAGAACCAGAGAGCACGCCAUCAGCCGAGCCCAGGAUCAGCUGAGCCGGAUUGGGGAGGUUUCAGGAGACGCUCAGAGCCUCUGUCAGAGGGUGGAGACGCGCUGCGCCGAGCAGCUGCAGACGGCCCAGAGAGAGAUGCGCGCCCGGCAGGAGGAGUCCAAGCUGGUGCUGGCGGCCCUGCAGGAGCAGACCUGCUCAGACCGGACGGUUCUGGAACGACAGCGGGCGGAGCUGGAGGAGCAGGUGGAGGAGAGCCAGCGGCUGGUUCACAGCUUCCUGCAGGAGGAGCUGAAGCAGGACGUUCCUACCGGUCUGACCCCCCAGCGCCGGGAGUUCGUUUAUCCCAGACACCUAAACAAGACGCGGAGCCGCAGCGAGCUGCUGGAGGCCCUGAGGAGGCAGCAGGAGGAGCUGCAGGCCGCCUUGGAGGAGCAGCAGAGGGAGGAAGAGGAGGAAACUCCAGAGGAAGACGACAAGCAGAGCCUGGGUGACCAUGAUUCCCUGGAGGACGACCUCAGCACCUGUAACGAAAGCCUGGCUACGGAGCCGUCCUUCAUCGACGAGAACCUGGUCUUCAACGAGAGCCACCGCGUUCCCUUCUUCAAGCAGAAGAAAGGCGGGAAGAAGGAGCCGAAGGCGGCCAACAGGUCAAAGGUGGCGGAGAACGAAGGCCAGGCCACUCCUCAGAAGUCCAGGCUGCCGCUGCGCUGCCAGAACUAGCUCGGCUGUACUCCCACCGCUUCGUCUUUUAAUAUUUUAUGUGUCCAAUAAAGAUAUCUGCCUGUUUUUAUACCUUUUUGUUUGUUUGUGGAAUAAAAUAUUAAAUCCAAA